AUUUUAAAUUCACAAAACAAUUGUUAUUUUUCUAGUCUUAAAAAUAUGUUUUAACAUAUCCUAACCAACUGAAGUGUGGAACUGUGGUUCGCUGUGAGUAAAGUUUCAGAAUUUAAGCCGCGCCACAUUAUCUCUCUCAACCAUUCGCUCUCUCGCUAUUGCUACCUUCUAUCAGCGUUACACCAUCCUUUAUUAUUAGGCACCUUAUUUUUCUAUAUGAAAAGGAGGGAACUGCUUGUUAAUCUGUUUGGAUCUUGUAAUAGUUGGAAAUCAGUGGCACAGCUUCACUGUCAAACCUUCAAAGCUGGCUUUGCUCAUGAUAGUUUCUUUGCGACAAAGCUCAGUGCCUUGUAUGCAAAAUAUGCAUCACUUGAGCAUGCCCGCAAAGUGUUCGAUGAAACGCCCCAUAGGACUGUUUAUUUAUGGAACGCUGCGCUUAGGAGCUACUGUAGAGAUAAACAGUGGGAAGAGACUUUGUGUCUCUUUUACAACAUGGUAUCUACUGGAAGAGCAGAUGAUGAAAAGCCUGAUAAUUUCACAGUACCCAUUGCUCUUAAGGCAUGCGCAGGGUUAAGGGCUGUAGGAUAUGGCAAAACAUUACAUGGGUUCAUAAAGAAACAUGAAAAGUUUGGUCAGGACAUGUAUGUGGGUUCAGCUUUAGUCGAUUUUUACUCAAAAAGUGGGCUUAUGGAUGAUGCUUUACAAGUGUUUAAGGAAUUUUCUCUACCUGAUGUUGUUUUGUGGACUUCAAUGGUUACUGGGUAUGAGCAAAAUGGCAGUCCUGAAGAAGCAUUAAGAUUUUUCUCCCAAAUGGUUAUGUUGGAGGGUUUAGCUCCUGAUAGAGUGACACUUGUCAGUAUUGUUUCUGCUUGUGCUCAGCUAUCAAAUUUUAAGCUUGGUAGUAGCGUACAUGGUUUUGUCAUUAGGAGGGGCAUUCAUACUGAUUUAUCUUUGGUCAAUUCACUUUUGAAUCUAUAUGCAAAGACAGGUUCCAUGAAAUCUGCCACUAGCUUGUUUAAUAGAAUGCCAGAACAAGAUGUGAUAUCGUGGAGCUCAAUUAUUGCUUGUUGUGCUCUUAAUGGGGCAUCUGUGGAAGCAUUAGAUCUUUUCAAUGAAAUGAUUAACCGGAAAAUUGAACCCAAUUCAGUGACAGUUGUUAAUGCAUUGCAGGCAUGUACAAUUGCCUGUACCUUAGAAGAAGGUAUAAAGAUUCAUGAACUUUCUGUUAGGAAAGGUUUUGAAUUGGAUGUCUUGGUAUCUACAGCUCUAAUUGAUAUGUACAUGAAGUGUUUCACCCCUGACAGAGCAGUAAAUGUCUUUGAAAGAAUGCCCAAGAAAGACGUGGUUUCUUGUGCUGCAUUGAUAGGCGGUUAUGCUCAUAAUGGAUUGGCACAUAAGUCAAUUGGGAUAUUUUGUAACAUGCUAUUAUAUGAUAUUAAACCUGAUGCUGUUGCUAUGGUGAAGAUUCUGGCAGCAUGUGCACAGUUGGGGAUUCUUCAGCAAGCUCUCUGCCUUCAUUGUUGUGUGAAGAAAAGGGGAUUUAACAAGAACAUCUUUGUUGGAGCUUCACUGAUAGAGUUGUACUCAAAGUGUGGUAGCCUAGAUAAUGCAAUCCAAAUAUUUGAAGGAAUUGUGAACAAAGAUGUUUUUAUCUGGAGUGCCAUGAUUGCAGCUUAUGCAAUCCAUGGGUGUGGAAGAGAAGCUGUAAAUAUAUUUGAUCAAAUGGUUAAGAACUCAGGUGUUAGACCCAACAGUGUUACAUUUCUCUCUGUUUUAUCCGCGUGUAGCCAUUCGGGUCUUGUUGAAAAGGGGUUAGAAAUAUUUAAUACAAUGCUGCAUUACCAACUGAAACCAAAUUCUGAGCAUUAUGGAAUGAUAGUUGAUCUUCUAGGUCGCACCGGAAAGUUGGAAAAGGCCAUGGAACUUAUCAACAAAAUGCCAUUUCCAGCUGGGCCACAUGUUUGGGGAGCUUUACUUGGUGCUUGUCGUAUUCAUCACAAUGUCAAAUUGGGAGAGGUUGCAGCCAGGAAUCUUUUCACGUUAGAUCCUAACCACGCAGGGUAUUAUAUAUUGCUAUCAAAUAUCUAUGCUGUGGACGAGAAAUGGGAAAGUGUGGCAGAACUUAGAACUCUAAUUAAGGAAAAGAAGUUGAAGAAGACAUUUGGUGAAAGUACGGUUGAAGCAGGAAAGAAAAUCUAUAGCUUUGUUGCUGGUGAUAGAUUUCACCCAGACUCUGACCAGAUUUACGAAUUACUGAGAAAGUUGGAGGUGAAGAUGAGAGAAGAUGCUUAUAUUCCUGAUACUGAACUUCUGCAUCAUGAUGAUAAGGUCUCAUGACUUGUCGAGCUAUGCAAGGAAAUUCAGAAAAGCAUAUGCAACACUAAAUUGAAAAAGGAUAAGAUAUCCUUAUGACACAUCUGUCUUCAAUGAAAGCUAGCUAUGUUUACAUGCGAUUUCAAGGAUGUAUAAAUAGGCUUGGCUUAUUUUAAGGUAUGCAUGUCUACAUACCGAUUCAAGUGUUUUUUAACAUUUGCUUGUUUACUAUUCUAAUUCAAGAAGGAAAAACUUAUGGCUUGAUAUUUGGUCUUCAACAAAUCCUAUAUCCUUAGUACUACUACCAGUUUGAUAUUUAGGACUAAUAUAACCAGAUCAUUGACAUUUGACAGUAUUACAUUGA